AUAUGCUUUCCUCUCUCCUUAGUCUCCCUCUUUUCUGAGAGUAGACCCCCCUUUGCAAUGAAUCUUUUCUUAUCCUAAAUUCAUAACUCAUAAGUCAUAAGGUGUGCAUGUCUGAAAUUACGAGAAAAAAGAAAAGAGUGUGAUUUGUGUGUGAGAGAGAAAUGGAAGGGAGUGGUUGCAAGAAAAGCUCAAAGGGAAAAAAAGAUGACCUUUAUCAUGUUAUUCAUAAGGUACCUUAUGGAGAUACUCUCUAUGUUAAAGCCAAGCAUGCCCAGUUGGUAGAUAAGGACCCAGAAGCAGCAAUAGUGUUAUUUUGGAAGGCGAUAAAUGCUGGAGAUAAAGUGGACAGUGCCUUAAAGGACAUGGCUGUUGUGAUGAAGCAAUUAGACAGAUCCGAAGAAGCAAUUGAAGCCAUCAAAUCUUUCAGAAGCCUUUGUUCCAAACAUUCUCAAGAGUCACUUGAUAAUGUACUUCUUGACCUCUACAAGAAAUGUGGAAGAAUUGAUGAGCAAAUUGAGUUGCUGAAGAGAAAGCUAAGACUAAUCUACCAAGGUGAAGCCUUCAAUGGAAGGACCACAAGGACUGCUCGCUCUCAUGGCAAAAAGUUCCAAGUUUCUAUCAAGCAAGAAACUGCAAGAUUAUUGGGAAAUUUGGGGUGGGCCUACAUGCAAAAGGAGAACUACAUGAUGGCGGAGGUUGUAUUCAAGAAAGCCCAAAUGAUAGAUGCUGACGCCAACAAGGCUUGCAACUUGGUGGUGUGCCUCAUGAGACAAUCCCGUUAUGAAGAAGCCUAUUACAUUCUUGAACAUGUCUUGCAUCAAAAGCUUCCUGGCUCCGAUGAAACCAAGUCCAAGAAAAGAGCAGAGGAGUUGCUUUUGGAAUUGAAUUCAAAUCUCCCUCAAUCACAAUAUCUGGAUAAUUUGGGCCUUGAUGAUGACUUUGUCAAAGGGAUAGAUGAAUUGCUCACUGCAUGGGGAUCAAAUAACAGAUCCAGAAGGCUUCCUAUAUUUGAGGAAAUCUCUUCCUUUAGAGAUCAAUUGGCAUGUUAGUUAAUUCUCAAUCUUAGGUUAUAUGUUUCUUUUUAUUAUUGUUUGUGUCAUGUUUGUAUAUAUUACUAUAUUAGUGUCAUAGGUUGUUAUUAUUCUUAGUACGUAGUUUGUGCUUCCUCUACCCUUUUUUGUCUUCUUAAAAUGGUGAGGGAAGCAAUGAAACCAAUAAGCUUUGCUUGUAUCUUGUUAGAUGAAUAAUAGAUAUGAAGCGUUCCAAUAAUAAGCACCAUCUUUGUGGAUAGAAGAUUGAUGGUAUGAUAUGAAAUUCAUUUUAUUACAUA